UCAGCAGCUCGGAGGAGUGAAUAAAUAUCCUGCUGAAAACGCUAUUAAUUCGCCGUUCCAUAUUCUUUACUUCACGCAGAUCUUCACGACUGGUUUAUACACCAUGGAAAACAUUAAGACAGGACUUUAGGCGAUUAUUUGGAUCCAUUUACUGCUGUCAUUGUGUCUAUCAUGUUGAAUACCAAGUCGGUCCAUUUUUGGUCUUACUAAUUUGGGGCUGCACCUGCCCAUGACCCAAGUGGAAACCCAGAUACCUUACUUCCACCUACCCAGUUGUGCACUUCUUUGGGAUUGAGAUUGCCGGGAGUCCCGCCUGGUCUCAACAACCUCAGGACAGCCCUCAGAUGCCACAGGAUUCUCUAUUGAACACAAAGCAAUGUGGAGGAAAUAAGGAUUGUGCUGUGCUUGAACUUCAGAUCAUAGAGGAUGGGCUGUAUGCAAUGUAAGGACAAAGAGGCAGCUAAGUUAACAGACGACCGGGACACCAGCUUGUCUCAGAGUGGAGUGGGUUAUCGGUAUGGCGUCGACCCCACGCCACAGCAUUACCCCAGUUUCGGCGGGGUCACUGGGGUCACCGGCAUUCCCAACUACAACAACUUCCACGGUGCUGGGGUCACACAGGGAGUGACGGUCUUUGGAGGGGUCAAUACGUCAACACACCACGGAACACUCCGUACACGAGGAGGCACAGGUGUCACUCUGUUUGUUGCUCUCUAUGAUUAUGAGGCUCGUACUGAAGAUGAUCUCAGCUUCAGGAAAGGAGAAAAAUUUCAAAUCAUCAACAGCACUGAGGGUGACUGGUGGGAUGCACGUUCUCUCACUACAGGAGGAACCGGCUACAUUCCCAGCAAUUACGUUGCCCCAGUGGACUCCAUCCAGGCUGAGGACUGGUAUUUUGGUAAGUUGGGCCGUAAGGAUGCAGAAAGACAACUUCUUUCCAUAGGAAACCCACGUGGCACCUACCUGAUCCGUGAGAGCGAAACGACUAAAGGUGCCUUCUCUUUGUCUAUCCAUGACUGGGACGAUGUAAAGGGGGACCAUGUGAAGCACUAUAAAAUCCGUAAGCUGGACAGUGGAGGAUAUUACAUCACCACCAGAGCUCAGUUUGAGACCCUUCAACAGCUGGUCCAGCAUUACUCGGAGCGGGCGGCAGGGCUUUGCUGUCGCUUGGUCGUCCCUUGCCACAAAGGGAUGCCGAGGCUCACUGACCUGUCUGUCAAAACCAAAGACGUGUGGGAGAUCCCACGGGAGUCACUGCAGCUCAUAAAGCGCUUGGGAAACGGCCAGUUCGGGGAGGUUUGGAUGGGAACAUGGAACGGUAACACUAAAGUUGCAGUAAAGACCCUCAAGCCUGGCACAAUGUCUCCAGAGUCAUUCCUGGAGGAAGCACAGAUCAUGAAGAAACUACGACAUGAUAAACUUGUGCAGCUCUACGCUGUCGUUUCAGAGGAGCCCAUCUACAUCGUCACUGAGUACAUGGGCAAAGGAAGUCUUCUAGAUUUCCUGAAGGAUGGAGAGGGACGUGGGCUCAAGCUACCCAACCUUGUCGACAUGGCCGGCCAGGUGGCUGGAGGCAUGGCCUACAUCGAGAGAAUGAACUAUAUUCACAGAGAUUUGCGCUCAGCUAACAUUCUGGUGGGUGAUAACCUGGUGUGUAAGAUCGCUGACUUUGGCCUGGCCAGACUCAUUGAAGACAACGAGUACACCGCACGACAAGGGGCUAAAUUCCCCAUUAAGUGGACAGCACCAGAGGCAGCUCUGUACGGGAAGUUCACCAUUAAAUCUGAUGUUUGGUCGUUUGGAAUCUUGCUUACAGAGCUGGUGACUAAAGGCAGAGUGCCAUAUCCAGGCAUGAAUAACAGGGAGGUGCUGGAACAAGUGGAACGUGGCUACCGGAUGCCGUGUCCUCAGGACUGUCCUAGCUCUCUACACGACCUGAUGGUUCUGUGCUGGAAGAAAGACCCAGAAGAGCGACCCACUUUCGAGUACCUCCAGGCCUUCCUUGAGGAUUACUUCACCGCGACUGAACCUCAAUAUCAGCCCGGAGAUAACCUAUAAACACCCAGCACCCACAUCUCACCCUCCGGCCCAGGGCGUCUGAAACUCACCCAUUCGCCCUCCUGUCUGGAAGAAUAUACAGAUUUAACGAAACUCUUGGUACUUUCCCUGUGAUCCCACACCUGAAGACUUUGUAACUUGAUGGGUGUAUACAAGAGUGGACUGGGGUUGUGGGCAAUGUUGGGAGGGUAAUGUUCAGGGUUUAGACCAUACCCAUUAUAAUGAUAUGAACUGCCUGUAUUCAGUGUAAAUACGAGAUGCUUGUUUAUGGUCUAUUUUUUGGUUUGUUUUCAGUCUUGUUUUGUACCCCCCACGCUCAUCUUAAUUUUUUUGCUUUGCAAAGUCACGUUGAGGGGAAGCCGAAGUUCUAUGAAGGUUUUUUCGUCAAACGUGUUUUCAUGUCUCUGUGAUAUCGUGCUCGGACAGAAGAAUAAAGAUUCAGAGUGUCUUUAUGGUUCUAGUGGUUUUAUAAUGUCUGCUGACUCAACCUGCAAGAGAAUUUAAUUACUCAGAUUAAUUUAUUUCUGUUUUAUUUACAAUGCUUAUUAAGAUGCUAAAUUGAGUUGACACUUUGUUAAUCUGUGAGAACUUUGUCCUCACCAAAGUAGUUAUUUUACAAAUGAUGUACGUUACAGUUUUGUAAUGUGCGGCCAAAUGUCAAGGACUGCCAUAUUUCGGCAUACCUCCACUUACACACUCACUUGACAAAACAAGUCCCAUUUACAAGUUUGUAUAAAUCUUGUACCAGGAAUAUGGAUGUUUUUCCAUGGUGGAGGAGAAUUGUAUAUUCCCAUUCUAAUAGGCUUGUUUCCCCAUACUAAGUCUGUGUCUGAAAUAUGAAAAACACUGCCUUUUCAGGCAGUAUACAGAGGUGGGCAUCAAGGCACAUUGGAAUUCAAGGCACAGAAUGCCGUUGCAUUCUGAAAUGUGUCAGACUGUAAUUGUAAUUAUAAUCAUCUUUCUACACAGAAAUAAGCAUUGUAGUCUAAGUAUUUGCUUGGUUAUCUCUAAAGACCCCUUGAAUUUCUUUUAAAUCAUUAGACAUGAUGAUACAAUGCCUUCGAAGUCUCGCCCACGCCCUCCUCCUCACACCCUGUCUGUCAUUGAUUAUCUGGGCAGUGAUUGAUCAAGGCAGCUGCUUUCCAUUUCCGACAUAGUCUUAGUGACACUCAGACAGCUAUUCCGAAAGAGUUACUUGAUUUUCUGUUUGCGCCAUGUGAAAGAGGGAGAAUCAGGUUCUAAUGCCCUUCAGGGGUUGCCACGACAACCAGUCCUUAUCCUGUGUCUCGAUAGAGGAUACUUUUAGUCUUAAGAUCACUUUUUUGUCAUAAUGUGUUUAAUUUAAAUGAACAUAGAUAUAUGAUGACCGGUUUGGAUUUACAAGGGAACAUUGCAAAGUAGCAUUUUCCCUCGUUGGUUGGUGCAGUGCCCAUCAAAACCACUUUUAAUUGCCUCAUACACAUUGUUUAUUGAGUUAUGCGUUUGGUUUAACAGUACUGUGAAUGUCAGUAACAGCCUCAACAUUUUCUUUGCCAUUCCCAUUUUUUUUAACAGGCCAUUUUGUUAACUCGUUUCCCAUUUGGAAAUAAAAAGUACAAUAUUUUACACACUUGACAAGCUUUAUUACUCUUUCUUCAUCCUGUUAUAAACACUAAUUAAUGUCAAAGAAAUGAGCUUUCAGUUUUGCUUCAGUGGUGUGUGUUAUUAUUUAUUAGCACGGUGUAAUCUGAUUACAAAGUAAUUAGUUACUGUAAUUUUUUAAGUAGUGUAACUCAUUGCAUUUUAAAUUCUUUUUAAUCAGAUUACAGUUACUGACUUAAUCAAGUUGCAGUGGAAAGAUAAAAUAUGUGAACCCUUUGGAAUUACUUGCAUUUAUGUAUAAAUUUGUCUUAAAAUCUUUUUUUUUUCAUCUAAUUUACAAUAAUGAACAAACACAAUCUGUUUUAACUAAUAACACACAAAUUAUUGUGUUUUUCUUGUACAUACUGAAUACAUCAUUCAACAUUCACAUUGUAGGUUGGAAAAAGUAUGUAAACCCCUAGGCUAAUGACAUCAACAAAAGCUAAUUAGAGUCAGGAGUUGGCAAACCUGGCAUACAAUUAAUGAAACAAGAUUGGAGGUGUGGGUUAAAGCUACUUUGACCUAUAAAAAUCACACAUUUUGAGUUUGCUAUUCACAAGAAGCAUUUGCUAAUGUGGACCAUGCCUUGCAAAAACGAGAUCUCAGAACACCUACAAUCAAGAAUUGUUGCUUUACAUACAGCUGGAAUGUGUUACAAAGUAUCUCAAAAAGCUAAGACAUUUAUCUGUCCACAGUUAGACAAAUAGUUUAUAAAUGGAGUCGAUUUAGUACUGUUGCUACUCUCCCUAGAAGUGGCCGUCCAGUCAAAAUAACUCAAAGGACACAUAGCAGAAUGCUCAAUGAGUUCUGAAAUUAUUUGUAUUUAUUUUUUUCAAAUUGUAAUUGUAAUUUUUCACAUUAUUAAUGUCCUGACUAUACACUGUGAUCAGUUGAAUACUACUUUGGUGA